CUAACUCAGAAAUUAAAUAGCAUUUACAGACCAUAACUGUCUUAAAUUACUCCAUAACAACUGCAACACACAACAUUUGGGGGUUUCAAAGCAAGAAUUGAAAUAUUGUCUCCAAAACUUCCAGGACAAUAAGAGUUGAAUUUUAACAGAUCUUCUGUUUGAGUAAUCCACAAUACAUAUCACAAGAUGAUCAAGAAAUGGCUGAAGAGGACAUUCCUUGUGUUUUUGCUUUUUGUUCACAUUAUCAACAUAGGCUGUGUGUGGUGGUUGUUUAGCAAUGUGAAAGUAGCCAGAGAAGGUUUGGUAUUUGGCCCACCAAAAGAUUCUGUCAUAAAAGCCCUGCUUGCGUUUUCAAUUAUAGGAGCAUUAUUUUCACUUUUGGAAAUAAUCUCAGAUCGGUUUUUAGUCUUUAGUAAAAAUCAAUAUGCUGAACCGCUUUCUGCAAUCACCAUGUGGUUUGCUGAAAUUCCACAACUGGCACUAAACAUAGUAAUCGUUGCAUGCAGGGAAGAGGCAAUCAGCUAUUUACAGCUUGCAAAGGUCUCUGUUAUGUUUGUAAUUGUAGUGAUUCGGUUUAUUUGGACUGUAUAUGGACUUUAUAUGGACUGGAAACACGGCAGAUGGUCAAGUGAAGGUUUAGAUUAUGAUGACGUUGAUUGCAAAAUGCGUCUUUUUGACUUUGUUGUUGGCAUGAAAAUCACAGGACUGGUUGUGGUUUUAAUUUGUGCUAUUGUAAUCUUCAUUUUAACACAAACUGAGCGAAACCCAGACGGAAGUCUGGCACUCAAAGUUCCACACAGUAUACUAGAGGGUGAUUAUGACGAGGAGAAGUAUUUUGCAAAUGUCAGCAUUUACUUCAGCCACAGCCUACUUGAUUAUGAAACAAACCCUUCUUUUGACAGUAAAAAUUUGUUAAGACUGAUGACAAUUUAUGAAAUAAAAAACACAACCACUGACAGGACUGUAAACAUAAAAUACGAUUCGACACUGACACAUUUUCUUGUUCAAGUGGAUGGUGAAAAUAGAGAAUGUUUCACAGUAAAUAACAUUACAAACACCGUUACUAUAAAAACAUCAUGCGCCAGUCAUGUUCCAAUGCCAGCUGGUCAAUUUGCCUUUAAGUUCCACUUCAUUGAGCCGUCGUUUCCCACAUUGCUUUUUGGCGAUAUCACUUACAACAUAAAACUUGGCAGAAACUGUGAAGCAGAAGAGAUCAGCGUAGUAAACAACUUAACUGCCCAUGUUGCUGACCCAGCAACAGUAUUUCUGCGUUACUAUCGAACUAAGCUGAACGUUAUGGAAGACAAUCACAUCCUAAAGAAGUCGCCCACCUCUCACAAGUUUUAUCGGCACAGUGAUUUGAUCAACAUUGAAGAUAUUUGGAGACUACACUGCGAGAGCACUGGCAGUCAGGCACCACACAGGGAUGAGAGCCUUGAUGUUUGUGAUCCAAAAUAAAAUAUUUUUUACAAAAACAAUAAUUUGGGUGUGCAAUAUAGAAUGGAAUAUUAUAGUUUAAUUUAAUUUACUAACCAGGGUUAUUUUUUGGAAAAAAAAAUGUUUUGAAAGUUGUUAAGAUUGUGCUUAUGGUUGAAUUUGGUUUUUGAUUUUCUAUAACUAGAUAUACCCUUUAGUGUUUGUUUUGUUAUUAUUUUUUUGCACAAUUAAAAGUCCACAAAUUUCAGGCCCUUAGCCAGGGUUUUGAAAAGGGGGGUGCGAAUUUUCCCAUCAACGAAUGUUAUUGAGCAACAAAGUGGUGUUCCCCUCCUGCAAUCGGGGGUUUGAAGGGCCUCCCCCUAGAAUUAUUUUGAAAAUAAAACGUAAAACACUGCAUUCUGGCAGUGCUCAUGCUGCUGCCAGACAUUAUCGCCAAUGGCGAUUAAUUUUAUCCAACUGGCUAUUAUUUCUUAAAAUUGUCUAGAAAAAAUGGCGAUUAUUUUAUCCACCAUUAUCAAAAAACAAAUUGCCUCUAAAUGUUGUCCGGCGAAUGCAAAACGCCUGCAAAUCGGGCCAUCAAGCAGGAAAAAUCGCUAACGAGAUUACCUGUGUACACACUCGACCUUGUGUAUUGUCAUACACGCGUCAAUAACUUUUGAGACAUUGUGGCCUAGAGCGUUUUUCUCAAUCAGUGUCCGACAGCAGUGAUAUAUUUCGGAAAAAACAUUUUUAAUCUCCCCGUGCUUUACCAAUUAUCGUUAACUGUUAGAUAUUUGUUAAUUUUUCGCCAAUUAUUAUUUAAUCGUCAUGAAAUCGCUGCUUAUAUUGUCGGCUGGUUUUAUUUUUCACUCCGUUUUUUCUGUAAUUAGAUUACAUUGAAUAUUGCUUGAUGAAAUAAUUAUUUAAUCGCCAUCAACUAAUUAUCCCCGUAAUUACCGCUGUUUGUCGUCUGCUUUAACAUAAUGAUUUUAAUUUUUAACCAGGUAACCUGGUUUUCCCAAUUUAAAGGGACCCGGCAUAUGCCACGGCCAGCUAAUUUUAACAAAAAACAUGUUUGGAAUUACACUGAGGUGUUGUAUUUUAACUCACGCGCUGUGACAGUAAUUGAUGUAAACAUGAUCGGCAUUGCAAAAGUGUUAUUUUUGGAAUCAAUCAUUUACAAUUGAUAUUGGCCUCUGCCUACAAUAUUGCUGCCAAUGGCAAACGUCGUAUUAAAAGAGUAAGUAGUCGAACGAUAUGCAAAUUUUAGAUUAUGCAUAUUAAUAUUUUAUAUUAUGCAUAUUUCAUGUGCAAAAUGCGUACAAUUUUUCGGAUUACUGUUUUCGGAUUCUGUAUUUUUUUUUGUCGAUUAUGAUUUAUUUUCGAAGUUCAUACUAGCAAAAAUAGAAUGACGAAUACACAUGCGGUGAUACGGAAGGUGUGGUUUAUAAUAUUUCGAGUUGUAUUCACCAAAAAUUGCAAUUGGAAAAACUAUAAAAAAUAGUAUAUUUAGUAAGGGCUCUGGGUGGGUUGGGGCCUCUGCUCUUAAUGCUUAUGUGUAUGUAACUGUAGCUGAGAUAUGGUUUGAUAAGUCACACCCACAACAUUGAUUGUAUUCUUUAUUGCAAAGCCAUGAUAAUAUUUUAUAAG